AUGGCGUACAGCGUGCUUCAUGACGAACUGCUGCUGCGAUCUCUUCACUGGGACGAAAUUGAAGAUAUGCACUUGCUCCCCAUGGAACCACGGCGGGAUCUUCGGAGGCACGGGCUGCUUAAUUUAGAUUCCAUGGACAGCACGGCGUUCUACCGGUCGUUCAGGUUCCAGAAAUCGGACCUGGACGAUCUGAUGACCGGCCUGCUUAUUCCAGAAGAGGUUGAGAGUGCCCAGCGAGUUCGAAUUCCAGGCCGCGAGGCGCUGUGCAUGACGCUGCGGCGUCUCGCCUAUCCGAACCGCCUGUGUGAUCUGGAGGUCUUCUUUAGCCGCCACACUUCGGUGAUAUCGAGCGUGGUGUCCAAAGUAUUAUCACAUAUUGAGUACAACUUUGGACACCUCCUUGCGGACCUCACGGAGCACAGGUGGCUCAACGUGCAAAACCUGGAGCUGUUUUCCCAGGCCGUUCACAGGAGAGGUGCUCCACUGGAAAACUGCUGGGCCUUCAUUGAUGGCACAGCACGAAGAAUUUGCAGGCCUUCAAUUGGGCAGCAGGACCAUUUCUCCGGACACAAACGCCAUCACGUUCAAAAGUUUCAAGCUGUGAUGUGUCCCAACGGCAUUAUUUGCCAAUUGGAUGGACCAUUUCAUGGUCGGCGCCAUGAUGCUGGUGCGUGAAGUUGCCUCUAGUCUCCUCUAAAGCACCAUGACGAUUACGUUCAGUAACUCGUGUACCUAAUUAUUAUAGUAAUAUUCAAUGUUA